CUAAACUGCCGGGAGAUUUAAAUGGAGGUGGGCGCCGGGGGGGCUCACUACUGUUUGAAAAGUUUUUGGGCUUUGAGAGUAUGAGUAAGUUUAACUAUGACCGGCCACGGCUGCCAGUGGAGAGCAGGCCGCAGCUGCUGUCUGACUGGCUUCCUGCUGUGGAUACGAGGCUGGAGAAGCGGGAGAUCUUUCCACAGAAUCUGCAGCUUGAGCCAUGGAUGCUCCCUGGAUGCAGCAGUGCUUAUAACAAUUUAGUACACUCUCCGGUGAGUUCCAUUCCUCCUCCUCCUCCUCUUCCUCCACCUCCUCCUGGCCUGAAUGUGUUUCGUUUUCCUCCAAAUCCAACUGACAUUAAAAGGGCAUCCAUUCUGGAGCGCUGUAUACUCAAGCUGGACACCACCAGUGUUGCCGUGGGAACAGAGGACUUGGACAGGGAGUGGAGAAGUUCGCAGAAUUGUAGAAAGACCCCUCAAAAUCUGGACCCAGCAAAGUGGGAGCUGGACGAGUCCGUACUGAAACGUCGGCAGAAGCAGAUUGAAUACGGGAAAAACACCGUUGGCUACCAGAACUACCUACAGGAUGUUCCAAAGAAGUCGCGAAUACCAAGCGUCCAUCCUCGAACUCCCAACAAGUUCAAGAAGUACUCGCGUCGCUCCUGGGACAUGCAGAUCCGGCUGUGGCGGCGAGCACUUCAUGCUUGGGAUCCGCCUGGAGAGGACCACGAAGUGUUUGACUAUCUGCAAGACUUUCUAGUAGACACCCCUGAAAACUUUGGGGACAACUGCUGGGACCACCAAAGUUGGUCAGAGCCCAACAGCAGCGUACAUCUGCCUUUGCAGGUCCCUGGCACAACCUACACAUUUGACAACAGUCGCAGUCCUGAGGAGAACCUCUUGGGUUGGAUUCGCUAUCUGAUGGAGCCCGAUGUUCUUGGUAAUGAGAUGCCAGUGUGCUAAUGUGAGCCUCUUCUCCCACCUUGCCAUGCUGCAGUCUCGUUAGGACCCUUCCAUUCAAGUUUUCUCUCUAUGAACAAACGGCACCUUGGCAGAGAUGCUGGGUGCUUUUCAUUUUCUUGUGCUCUCCUGAUUUUUGUAAACGGUUUGUUUUUGUCUGUUCUCU